ACCAGUUUGGCCAGUAGGAUCCCAUAAAAUGGUUACAGCAGGUGGAGCGUAAGAUCAGAAAGGGCCACAAGGUGAUUUGUGCCAGAGCUUGCAACAAUGAUCUCCUCUCUGAACAAUGCUAUAUCCUCUCUACAGAGAAGUGGCACAUUUAUCAAUUCUUUAAUCGUGGCUUUGACGAUUGGCGGGCAGCAACUUUUCUCCUCUUUCACAUUCAAAUGUCCCUGUCAGGUUGGGAAGAAUUUCUACUAUGGUUCAGCUUUCCUUGUCUUUCCUGCCUUGAUCCUUCUGAUUGCCGGCUAUGCUCUGAGAAGUCAAAUGUGGACGAUCACCAGUGAAUAUUGCUGCAGUUGUGCCUCUCCACGCCGGACAAUCUGCCCCCUGGAGCGCCGGCUGGCUUGCCUUAGGUUCUUCAGCAUCACCGGGAGGGCACUUAUUGCUCCAUUAACGUGGCUGGCAGUGACUCUCUUGAGAGGCACCUACUAUGAAUGUGCAGCAAGUGAAUUUGCAUCUGUGGACCAAUAUCCAGUGUUUAACAAUGUCACUGCUGGCAAACGAGAAGAGAUGCUAGCUGGGUUUCCAUGUUGCACAUCAGCUCCUUCUGACGUGACCCAAGUAAGAGAUGAAGUAGCUCUUACGCACAGAUACCAGUCACAGCUACUGGGCUGGAGUUUGAUCACCUUGACCAUCAUCGCUGUUCUCAUCUCCCGCUGUCUGACGAGGUGCUGCUCCCCCCUCACCUCUCUGCAGCAUUGCUACUGGGAGAAUCACCUCCAAAACGAGAGAGAGCUCUUUGAGCAAGCUGCAAAACAGCACUCCAGGCUUCUCAUCAUGCAGCGCCUAGAGAAACUCUUUGGCUUCGUUCCUGGCAGUGAAGAUGUCCAACACGUCCGCAUUCCUUCAUGUCAGGACUGGAGAGAGAUUUCAGCACCCAGUUUUCUCUGCAUGGGUGAUGACACGCAAGGCCACUACAGUGUGCUAGGGGACAGGGUGGUUGAGGAGAAUGAAGUAGGUCAAGCAGGAGAUAUUGAAUUAAAGCCUUGAUGAUAUGUAGCACCUUUCACAAUUCAGGUUGCUCAAUAAGAUAUUUGGCUUUAUGAUGAUGGCAUUUCAUUGCAAUCUUAUCUUUUCUUCUUUGACAGUUUUUACAAAGCCAGUUAAAAUGCUAUUUCCCCAAAUAAGUUUAUCUGAUAAUCGUGCAAAUCUUUCUCUGAACUCUCACUGAUAAUCUAAUAAUGUCUACAAUGUUAUAUUGGCCUAACA